CUACUAUAGACGCCCACCUCGCAAACCCCUCUCGUCAACGUUUGUCUUGAUCCAACGACUGAUCUUCACCCAUCCAGCUCACUGUCAUCCUCGACCGGACAUUCGCUUAGUCGAGAGCUUCUCGCAUGGCACGAAACCUCUCGAAUAGCCGUCUCAAAUGGUGACAUCGCUCCAUGAAUACGACCGCGCUACCAUCCGUCUCCCAAGGCAUAACAGCGACUGCACCGCUGCCGCAGAGUGUACCGGGCAAAAAGCCCACGAAGAAACGCGUCAGGAACUUUUCCGCCGAUGACCGCGCCGCCCAUCGUAUCUUUGAAAGGGGUCGUCGCGAAGCCUUCAAGGAACGCUUGACUGAACUCGCCGGCCAGCUACCAGUCCUUGCAGACACUGAUCCUGAGCGGCUAUCGAAGCAUAUCGUCGUUAAUGAGAGCAUUGCCCGGCACAAGCUCCUGGAGAACCGAUGCGUUGACGCUCUUCGAGAUAUCGAGUCCUUGCUACGAGAGCGCAAUGAGCUGCUGGCAGAAAUCAAUGUCUGGAGAGGCAACACUGGCGCGAGUCCCCAGCUGCCGAAAACCAUUCCUAAUAUCGCAGGUCUUGUACAGACCGAGGAUGAAAUGCAGAGUCGCGAAGCAAAAAGCCAUCGCAUACGCGAAGGAAAUGGUUCUAGUGAAGACAAGGAAUUUCGUGGCGGUCAAGCUCAGGCUGCGAUGGCAAUCGGCACCCUCCCAAGCGAAGCAUCUCAUCUCUCGCAGCUUGUGGAAGUGGAUCAGACACACGAUAUCAACCCAGUCCCAAACCUUGACGAUUUGUUGCGCGACACGUCAUGGUCUCAGGCUACCCAAACUCAUCUACCAGUGUUCCCCCCAGAACCUCCUCUUACGGGCCCAGACGACAUGCCGAUCAUGCCACCUCCCAUAUCACAAGUUUCUCUGCCAGUGGCGACAUCAGAAGAAGCCGACUAUCGAAUGUUCGUCGACGUAAACCCAACACGGCAGGCGCUGCUUCUCAACGUGGACGCGAUUCAUCAGUUUCAUGUCCCGAACGAGAACUCCAUCGAGCUACCGACCGUUCUGCUUAGGCCUGACUAUCUUUCUCGAACCAGCUUGGAUCAAGAACCACUGCUUCAGCACUCUCAGCAAUGGGUCUCUUGGCAUGGAUAGUUUAUUGAAUGCCCCGGAUCCUUAUGUACUCUAUCGAACGCCACUUCAUGGCUCAAUCGUACCCUGGACACACAUCAACGAUACCGUUCGUUUUAGAUCUGCUUAAGAACCUCCUCAAUCUUUCCCUGACUGCUCUUCUCGCCUCCGAUGAAGAGCUUCAGCGCAUCUGAUAGCCGAGUCAUCGUAACGAGGUCUGUCUCGAUAGCCCUCUGUAGCGCAGCACCACCAUCAGCAAGGUAGUCAACGUCAGUGCGAGCCAGCUUUCCGUCCCACUCAGCC